AGCCAUUUCAAGGCCAAGCGGGUUGUUGGGGGGGGGAGCGCCGCUUGUCCCCCUGCGGGGUGGAGACCCCGCCCGGUUGCCACCGCACGGAUUGGAACGCCGCCGUCACCCCCGCCUGGGCGCGCCGACGACCUGCUGCUCUGGAGGAGGCGCGUCCGAGACGCCUCCUGGGCCCAUCAUCGGCCCCGACUCCCCCGAGAAGCGGGGGCUCGCGGCGGGCGCAUGCUGAUAGCGCCCCCGCCGGUGCCCAGCGCCCGCGACCUGCACCAGCCAGCCUCCGGACGCCCCGCGCUGCGUGGGAUCGGCCUCGAGGAGGCGCCGGCCGCGCCGCGGGCACGGUUCGCGGAGCCCGCGCCGCAGGAUUGGGCCGGCGGCAGAGGCUUGCCUGCCCACGAGAGGCACGAGGCCGCAAAUGGGCACGUACGCGAGAACGGUUGGCAGACCAAGCACGCAUCUGUGGGCGAUCGAAUAGGAUCUCUGUUCAACUGCCAGACCAUGAGCGACAUCAUCUUUCACGUUGAGGGCGUCCAGAUACCCGCGCACCGCUGCGUCCUAGGCGUCACGUCGCCAGUCUUCUACCACAGGCUCUUCGAGACCCCGGUGAAGGACGACGGCGGCAGGUGCCGCAUUUGGAAGAUAUCGCAGUUCCACGGCGCGGCAGGCAGAGCGAAUACGUCCCCGUCGCCAGACCACUCCUCUAAGACAAAGAGCCCGGAGGAGCGCCAGGAAUUCCACAUCUACCAGUCGUCCGAGAGUGACGAGCACAGCGGGCCGAAGGAGCCCGAGGCGGUAUGGCCCCCAGAGGCCACGCACCUGAAGCCGCUGGAGGUCGCCGUGGACUACCCUUUCGAUGCGUUCUUCGAGUUCAUGCGCUACGUAUACAAGGACGAGCUCAAUAUCACACUGGAAAACGUGAUGGCCCUGUCGUUCUUGGCGGACGACUUCAACCUACCGAGUCUCUCGGAGAAGUGCCUGGACUUCCUGCGCAAUGCCGUGAGGCCGGACACGGCCCUGAGGAUCCUCAGGGUGCUGAAGAACCUGCUCUGCAAAGCGGUGGUUGUACUGUGGCGCGACACGGUCGAGAGCUCGAGGAUCCUUGCCAGGUUCAAGGAGUUCGGCCUCGCAGAUCGCAAGAAGAGGAUGCAGGAGCUCGCCGACAUGGCAGGCAGCGGCAACGCCAGCGUCAUCAACUCGCGCGUGACCAGCAGGGUGGGUAGCCGGCUUGGUAGCCGCGCUGGUAGCCGCAUGGGCAGCAGGCCGGACAGCAGGAGAAGCUCCGCGGUGUCGGACGCGGCUUACGACGCGAAGACCGAAGACGACAUGGCGAGCGCCGUCGGCGACAUGUUCAUGCACCAGUUGCAGGGAAAGAGCACCGCCGACAUCUUCAAGCUGGCCGAAGGCGGAAAGACAAUCCACCCAUGUGUCGCGUCCACGUCGCUCUGCAAGCAAUUCGUUGAGGUCGGCGAUCUCCUCAAUAAGAAGAGCUGGAAAUGCAUCCGGGAGCGAACCGACGUUGUGCUGGCGAGCCCCGAGUUCAUCCAGGAGGAAAGAACUGUGGUCAAGCAGAUCUUGUCAAUGGAGAUGUGCAGCGUGAGCGAGAUCGCCAUGUUCCGAGCCCUGCUUGCCUGGGCCGAUCACCGCUGCAAGCAGCAGGGGCUGCCCAGCCUGCCCGAGCACAGACGGAACGCCGCCGGCAGCGACUUCAUCGAGCUCAUUCGCUUCCCCGUCAUGAAGGCGGAGGAGUUCCAGUGGGAGGUGGUGCCGUCGGGGAUCCUGGAGUACCGCGACAUCCAGUCCAUCCAGCGGACCCGCCUCGGCGCCUUCGUGAACUACAGCGACGAGCCUCGGGACAGCCCGCCACAGGAGAUCGCGAGGAGGCAGGAGUCGGCGCGCGAGGCCAAACGAAUCAGCUGUCGUGCCGCCUCGCCCGACGGUGGUCUGCGCCAGCCGGGGUCGCCCGACCUGUCCAAGACAGCCUCGAAGGAGUCCACCGCGAGCCGUGGCGGCAACAGGUGCAGCAGUUCGAAGCUGGUGGCAUUCGGCGACGGCUUGGACGCCGACCUCCCCGACAGGAGAGUGUCGAUGCAGAUCCCGUCGAUGGAGAUACGGGGGUGGCGCGCCGCUGACAUGUACCUGGACCGGAGGAGCUCAAGCGGCGGCUUGAAGGCGCAUGGCCCAAAGGCCAAGGCCUCUGCGCAGGCCUCGCCCUCGUACGCGCGCCCAGGGCACCUCCGGGACGACGACCUGGACGCGCUGAUCUCGGCCCGCCUGUGGAGGAACCACGUGGACGAGCUGGUGAGCCAGCAGAGGGCCCUGGAGGCGCUGGACGGUCUCGACGGCGACCCCGACAAGCGCAUGGCCUUCUGCGCGGAGCCCCCGAGCACCGGCGAGCGGCCCUGGUCGCCCCCGCUGCCGCGGGGCGGCGCGGAGCGGCGCGGGAGCGGGGAGGCCGGCGCGGGCGACCUCCUGCCGCCAGCCAGCCCAACGCCGCGCCCAGGCUCCGCCGCCCGUGCCAAGAGGAGGCUGAAGCAGGAGCCCACGAUGGCGCUGCAGACCCCCCGCCAAGGCCACCCUGGCGGGCCAGAAGCGCUGCAGGCGCCGCCGAAGAAGGUCGGCCUGGACGAGCUGGAGCAUCUGGCCCACGGGUUCUACCGCUUCCGCGGCGGCUCGCUCAUCGAGAUGCGGCUGGAGAGCGGCGACCCCGUCGUGUACGAGCACAGGCCGCCGUCCUCGAGCUCCCUCGGGCGCACACCCACGCCCGAGGUGGUGGAGCUCCUGAGCGGCAUGCGGGAGAGCCAGGUGCGCUCGUCUCUCGGGAUUCGGCCGCCGUCCACGGGCGCCGGUGUUCCUCUGAGCGACUUCCUGUCUGGGAACAUCUAGCUUGGAUCACCCAGCUUUGUCCGCAUAUUUCCGCGUUUCUCCUUCAUGCCGUCCCCCGCAGUUGCGGACAAGGGUUGGGGGUCGGCGGGGUCGUCGGCAGCCAGCGAUUCGCAUAAGAAGACCAGCGCACGCUCCGAAUUUUCGUCAAAUAUGCACGUGUAGACCUAUGUAUAGAACAAGCUCCAACGAAAACGCAAGACGAGCGUCUCGGCCCCCGUUUCGUGCGCGGGCACCCUCGAAGAUCGGUCUGGCCCGAGAGAUGCCGCGCCAGCGUGGGGCUGAGAGAUCUGGCCGCGAUGUCUUCGAUCCCUCUUUCUUUCGCGGACGUGCCGCGUACAUUUUAAUUUAGUUGGGGUGCAUUGCGUUUUGCCCUCUCCUGAUCUCAGGGUAUAUGGCGCUCCACAUUUCUGUGCGUUCGUGCCCGUCUCAGUUUUUGUGGUUGGUUUGGGCACAUUCUCUCUCGCCACCCCAUCCCUCCUUUAGCUCUUCAACUCCCUUUGCUGUUCUGCUCCCCCGUCCGAGUCGUUAUCCUCUCCUUCUUAAUCGCAGCUUCCUCCUUCCACUUGCCCUUCUUUCAUGGCUGCUCUACUCCCCCCUGCAGCCUUGUAUGUAUAGUUCGUCCGCGGAUGCACCUUGUCACCGGGCACCGCGCUUUUUUUUGUAUCUGUCGAAGCAAACUUUGAACAUGAUGUGUUUAUGCUGAACGCAAUGUCUCUCAACUCCAAUGUUGUGUUUCGUAGUUUUUGACAUGUCCUGAGGAGGACAACGAUAUGAGGCUGCCCAGUCGCCUGCACAAUCUGUUCAAUGGGCAGUGCCGUCGGAGGCGUUCGCUGGAGAAGAUGGCAACACCGAGGCUGGAGGCCCAAUCUCAAAACAUGCACUUCAGGAACAUGUUUGAGCUGUGCAGGAGCAGCACCUCCAUUCGAGUCGAGGCUUGUCGUGUCAGCCGCGACUGGGUUCUCGAGUUGACCCAUAGCUGCAUACUUCGGCAGCUGGCAAAUCUUCCAGCAGUUCGUUCCAAGUCGUGAUUCAAGUCCUUCGCCAUGUGCAGCAGGCCAGGGGUCAAGAGGACACCCUGCCAUCCCGUGCGUGGCGCGCGCAAGAAAGAUAUUCCAUUCUCCUCAAGCAACUCAAAAGAAUCAAGAUCAAUUGAAUCGACCCCCUGAGGGUGUGCGUUAUGUUGCAUGUUUGUGGGACUUUGCCUGCCCCGUUGUGCUGCUAACCGCAUCGGAAACAUGACGAAGGUCGAACUCUGCGACGCCAAGCAGAAGGCGGCGUGCUGGCUCUCGCCGCACUGGCUUCGCGCGGGCGUGGGGAGCACCGAGCGGCCAUGCCCUCCAUACUCCAUAUAUCACAGCACUCCCCCGGACAACUUGCGGGCCGUGCUAGAGAUCACGACCGGCGAUCGUUGGCUGGUUCUGGCCUCCUGGAGCCCUUGCUGGGCCACCGGGGAAGCGAUUCAGACCCAAAGGGGUUCCCGUUGCAAGACGAACACGGCGUCUGAGGUCUGGACCCCGUUUCCGGCUUUUCUCCGCUCGUCGCCUCAGUUUGUUUUGUCGGCAAGCAAAAUGAAGCGGUUGGCCGAUUGGACUGAACGUGGUGUCGAGCGAGAGGCCCAAUAGCGGUGUGUACAGCAACGUGGCCACAGAUGGGAAAUCCUCAGACCUCCGAGGGGCCGGCCUGGAACACGCAGCCGUAGAUGUGGAA